CGCUCUCUUAAGAGGCGGGGCUUCUCCCAGGGGCGGGACCUUGCGGGGGUGGGAUCCUGUCCUCAGCAGCGGGUGGCUUGUGGUCCCGCUAAGUCUCUGGAGGUGAUGGCGCCGCAGUUGUGGAGGCUGCUGACCAUACUGCUGGCGAUUGCCACCGCCUCCCAGGCCGAGGGCGAGUCCGAGACGGGAUGGGACCUGGCGGCGCCUGAUCUGCUCUUCGCCGAGGGGACCGCGGCCUACGCGCGCGGGGACUGGGCCGGGGUCGUCCUGAGCAUGGAGCGGGCGCUGCGUUCACGGGCCGCCCUGCGCGCCCUCCGCCUGCGCUGUCGCACCCAAUGUGCAGCCGACUUGCCGUGGGAAUUGGACUCCGGCUCCUCCGCGAGUCUGGCCCAGGCCCCGGGCGCUGCCGCCCUGCACGACCUGCGCUUCUUUGGGGGCCUGCUUCGUCGCGCCGCCUGCCUGCGCCGCUGCCUUGGGCCGCCGGCCGCUCACUCACUCAGCGAGGAGCUGGAGUUAGAGUUCCGCAAGCGGAGCCCCUACAACUACCUGCAGGUCGCCUACUUCAAGAUAAACAAGCUGGAGAAAGCUGUAUCGGCAGCACACACCUUCUUUGUGGGCAAUCCUGAGCAUGUGGAGAUGCGGCAGAACCUGGACUACUACCAAACCAUGUCUGGAGUGAAGGAGGCUGACUUCAAGGAUCUUGAGGCCAAACCCCAUAUGCAUGAGUUUCGGCUGGGAGUGCGACUCUACUCAGAGGAACAGCCACAGGAAGCCGUGCCCCACCUAGAGGCAGCACUGCAAGAGUACUUUGUGGCAGACCAGGAGUGUCGAGCCCUUUGUGAAGGGCCCUAUGACUAUGAUGGCUACAACUACCUGGACUACAACGCUGACCUCUUCCAGGCCAUCACAGAUCAUUAUGUACAGGUCCUCAGCUGUAAGCAGAACUGUGUCACCGAGCUGGCUUCCCACCCAAGUAGAGAAAAGCCCUUUGAAGACUUCCUCCCAUCACAUUAUAAUUAUCUGCAGUUUGCCUACUAUAAUAUUGGGAAUUAUACACAGGCUAUCGAAUGUGCCAAGACCUAUCUCCUCUUUUUCCCCAAUGAUGAGGUGAUGAGCCAGAAUCUGGCCUACUAUACAGCUAUGCUUGGAGAAGAGCAGGCCAGCUCCAUCAGCCCACGCCAGAGUGCCCAGGAGUACCGACAGCGCAGCCUGCUGGAGAAAGAGCUGCUUUUCUUCGCUUAUGAUGUGUUUGGAAUUCCCUUUGUGGAUCCGGAUUCAUGGACUCCAGAAGAGGUUAUUCCCAAGAGACUACAAGAGAAACAGAAGUCAGAACGGGAAACCGCCGUCCGCAUCUCCCAGGAGAUUGGCAACCUUAUGAAGGAGAUUGAGACUCUUGUGGAAGAGAAGACCAAGGAGUCUUUGGAUGUGAGCAGGCUCACCCGGGAAGGAGGUCCCCUGCUGUAUGAAGGCAUCAGUCUCACCAUGAACUCCAAACUCUUGAAUGGUUCCCAGCGAGUGGUGAUGGAUGGCAUGAUCUCUGAUGAUGAAUGUCGGGAGCUGCAGAGACUGACCAAUGCAGCAGCAACUUCAGGAGAUGGCUACCGAGGUCAGACCUCCCCACACACCCCCAGUGAAAAGUUCUAUGGAGUCACUGUCUUCAAAGCCCUCAAGCUGGGGCAGGAAGGGAAAGUUCCUCUACAGAGUGCCCACCUGUACUACAAUGUGACGGAGAAGGUGCGGCGUGUGAUGGAGUCCUACUUUCGCCUGGACACCCCUCUCUACUUCUCCUACUCCCACCUGGUGUGCCGCACUGCAAUUGAAGAAGCACAAGCUGAGAGGAAGGACAGCAGCCAUCCAGUCCACGUGGACAACUGCAUCCUGAACGCUGAGACUCUUAUGUGCAUCAAGGAGCCCCCUGCCUACACCUUCCGGGAUUACAGUGCCAUCCUUUACCUAAAUGGGGACUUUGAUGGAGGAAACUUCUAUUUUACAGAACUGGAUGCCAAGACUGUGACAGCAGAGGUGCAGCCCCAGUGUGGAAGGGCUGUGGGAUUUUCUUCAGGCACCGAAAACCCGCAUGGAGUGAAGGCUGUCACCAGGGGGCAACGCUGUGCCAUCGCCCUGUGGUUCACCUUAGACCCUCGACAUAGUGAGCGUGACAGGGUGCAGGCAGAUGACCUGGUAAAGAUGCUCUUCAGCCCAGAGGAGAUGGACCUGCCCCAGGAGCAGCCCCUGAAUGCACAGCAGGACCCCUCCCAACCUGGAGAAGAGUCUCCCCCAGGCAGUGAGUCAAAGCUCAGGGAUGAGCUAUGACAGCACUCUGCUCACAUGUGCCUGGGUGAUUGGACUCAUAGGGAGGAACUCUGUCCUACACCCCGGACUGGCUGCCCCUCAGGGCCACAGAGCAGUGGAACUUAGGUUGCUGCUCAGCUGAGGGGACUCAGUUCACAGCCUUCUGUGUGGUGCUACUGCUCUUGGAGUGGAUGUGGCAGGAUGCCACUCCCCUCUGGGACUGACUGAAGGCUCAGGACACAGAGCUACCCCAAGGCCUGCAUGGGCAGCUGCAUGACAGCAAUACAGUAUUUAAGUGUCUAUGCGGACAACCAAAGAAUAAAUGAUUUGUGUUUUUUUGUUUGGUGGUUUGUUCAGAGAGUGGAAAUAUGUCCAUUCUG